AAUGAUCUUCAUCUAGUUUCCACCUACAAUCUCAGUUUCCGAAAGAUAUGGAGGGCAUUAAAAUAUAAUUAAGUGGUUUAAAUUCGGUACAAAAUAUAUCAGGUCGCAAACACGCUACUAUCUUCAAAUUCUUAUUACACGACUACUGUUUAGUUUGAGUAAAUACGUUAUCGUGCGCUGUGGUGAUUCGUUUUUCAAGAUGAACCAUGUGUGGACGUUAAUUAUUAUUGUGAGUAUUGGUUUCUACCAGGGUGCCAGUAUAGCGAGGCAGUGCACGGCUCCUGGGAAGUAUCCUAACGACCAUGUGGGGAGUUGCGAAGGGUUCACCAUGUGCCUUAUUGCAGGCCCUGGGCACUUUGCCCAGAUGAACCUCACCUGUCCUCCUGGCUUCAUCUACAACCACGUACACAGCCAGUGCACCAACGUCACCAGUUACCAGUGCGCGCCCGAGUACAACUGCACUGACAUAGGGAAUUUCCCCAACCCUUACAGUGACGACUGCUUUUCAUACAUUGCAUGCGUUGAAGGUGUCAACGAUUUCAUCACAGCCAGGUCUAUAGAGUGCCUGGAAGGUGAAAUUUUCGAUGCAGUAAACCGCUCGUGCGUUAUGCGCAAUGAAACGCUAUUCAGGUGCCAUCCUGAAGAACACAGCUCGGAAAAUAUUGAAUUUAAAGUUGCGGAGUCGGUUGAUAAUUCAAGCUUUAGGUUUAAUUCUGUUACGUAUAGUGCUGUUUUAAUUUGUUUAUUUUUGUUUUGUGUAAUUUAAGACUUAAUGUUAUAAAAGUAAUUUGUUUACUUAUAGUAAUUUAAAAUGAAUUGCCUUCGAUUAAGAAAUAA